AUGGCAUCAUCGCAUCAGUAUCGCACUUCGUACUUUGAUACCAACGAGCAGAUCCGACGUCAACAGCGCACGCGCUCCAGUGAGGGUACCGUCAGUACCACUAUGAGCUCGUCGACGGGCCGUGAGUCGGCAGCGACUCACGUCACAGAAGCGCCUACCUUUUCCAAGAAGAUUGUUGUUGUCGGUGAUGGCGGUUGCGGCAAGACCUGCUUGCUCAUUAGCUACAGCCAAGGUUACUUCCCAGAGAAAUAUGUGCCUACUGUCUUUGAAAACUACAUCACCUAUCCUAUCCACUCAGCCACUGGUAAGACUGUGGAACUUGCAUUGUGGGAUACAGCCGGCCAAGAGGAAUAUGACCGUCUCCGACCGCUCUCAUACCCUGAGACCGACUUGAUCUUUGUAUGCUUUGCUAUCGACUGUCCGAACUCGCUGGACAACGUUCUUGAUAAGUGGUACCCCGAGGUUCUACACUUCUGCCCAUACACUCCUCUGGUUCUUGUGGGUCUCAAGUCAGAUCUUCGUUACAAGAAGACUUGCAUUGAUAUGCUCAAGACGCAAGGUCUUACUCCAGUCACCACGGAGCAAGGUAUGGCCGUUGCUAAGAAGAUGAACGCGCAGUACAUGGAGUGCAGUAGCAAGGAAAUGUCAGGCGUCGACGAGAUUUUUGAGCAGGCUAUCAACACUGUCGUCGCUAAUGACCGGAAAACCAUCGAGGCGGCAGCAGCCUCAGGUUCUUCCAAGGAGAGCAAGUCAUCAACACCUGGGGUGGGACAGAUUAAGAGGAAGAAGAGAAGGUGUCCAAUCCUCUAA